AUGGAGGUCACCGUUCUGGCGCCUCCAGUCAGAUGUCCGAGGCUCUGCAGAAGCGAUGGUCAGCUGGCACAUGGAUGUUUAUCAUACGGAGCAGUUGUUGAGCUCUGCCUGACGUUCGGGAUCGUCGUGUGCUCGGCGAUGCACAGCAGCGCCAGCUUCGAAGAAGCCUCCGCCUGGGUGCCGAUGGCGUCGCUCACCGUGGCGAACGCUUGCAGGAGUGGAGUGGCCGUCGUGGCGCAGCGUUUCAACCGUUGGGGGCCGGCUGCCGCCCUGUCCUUGCUCGUCGCCUCAUGCGCCAUACUCGUGUGGCACGUACUCAUCAUUGACAGCUUGCUGCGCUCGUCGCAACCUCACAAUGAUCAGAGCAAUGGCGCAGAAGUGCUGGCUUUCAUCCUGGCCUUGGCCGCCAGCGCGUUAUCCACCACCAUGUGGUACGCGGCCACGGGUUAUACACACAUCCUGACGGACAAGGGCGAGGACCCGCCGCCGAGGCCAGAGGUGGAAACGUUCGUGGUCCACGACGUCGGUUCGGAAUGUUUGGGCUCUAUCUGCGCCAUCUGCCUGGAAGAGUUCUCACCUGGCUGCCUUGCAGGAAAGCUGCCUUGCACUCAUGUGUUCCACGACCGUUGUGUGCGCAGCUGGCUUUACACCGGAUCUUUCCUGGCUAGGUGCCGGUGCCCAAUGCGUUGCCCAAACGAUGCAGGCGCAAACCAAGGCAGUCGCCCUCGUCAGAGUGAACCGUCUAUACUUCUUGAGAGUGGACGUUCCACAUUUGGAAGAGAGGUGGACUCCACAAUAUGGGUUGUGCCAUGGUAG